AUGGGGCUCACACCAUUUUUCAUCUUUGUUGUUGUUUUGAGCCUAUAUUUGGUUGAUGGACUCAAUCAUGAGGCUAAGGACGUUGUUUCAAAUCGUAGAGUUUUGAAAGAACUAAAUGUGCAUGGAAAGAACACAACUUCUUCCGAGAUUAUUGUGGUUGACAGCAAAAUGGAAAUGAACCAUGGUGGUGGUGGUGGUGGUGGUGGUGGGAGUGGGAGUGGGAGUGGGAGUGGGAGUGGGGGUGGUAAAAGUGGUGGAAAUAAGAGGAAGCACAAGAAAAAGCACAAUGGUGGUAAAGGGAACAGUGCAGGAGGAGGAGGAGGAGGAGGAAAUGGGAAAGGUGAAGGUCACGGAUGGGGAGGUGGAAAGGGAAGAGGUGGCGGGGGUGGAGGGGGAGGAGGUGGUGGAGGAGGUGGCGGUAGUGGUAGUGGUAAUGGACGUGGCGGUGGCAGUGGUGGUAGUGGUAAUGGCGGUGGCGGUGGCGGUGGGGGUAGUGGUAGUGGGAGUGGUGAUGGAGGUGGCGGUGGCGGUGGCGGUGGCGGUGGUGGUGGCGGUGGCGGUGGAGGUGGUCAAGGUGGAGGUUGGGGUUGGGGAGGAGGUGCAAAUCAUAAUUGUUGGAUAUGGGGAUGUGGAGGAGGACAUGCACCUGCGAGCAAGGGAUGA